AGGCAUGACUGUAAGCUCAGACCAUCAUUGCCGGAGACAAUGUGAACAUCCAAUGGAGAGCCGUGUUUGUGAAUAUCGUUUUGAAGUGGAAUGGUACUACAGCAUGUCUAAAGCUUGUUAUAACUGUCCAUUCAAUAAGACUGAUUGCGCAAGACCGCACUGCGUACCUCUUAAUGGAGUACCAAGACCCAUUUGUACCGUCAACAGAAUGCUUCCGGGACCCAGCAUAGAGGUUUGUCAUGGUGAUACGGUUAUAGUUGACGUCAUAAACCACCUUGAUAAUGGUGAGGGCGUCACCAUCCACUGGCACGGCCAACAUAUGCGAGGGAGUCAAUAUAUGGAUGGAGCUUCAAUGAUAACUCAGUGCCCCAUCACAUACGGCAGUACAUUCAGGUACGAAUUCGAAGCUAAUACCUUUGUUGACGAAGGUGUGACGUGGAAUUCGAACCAUCCAAUGCAUCUCCAUGGUUACUCCUUCCGCGUGGUUGCCAUUGAGAAACUUGGAGAAAGCACUAGUGUAGAAGAAGUGAUGAGAAUGGACGCUGAAGGCAAGUCUCGCAUACUCAAUAACGCUUUAUCAGUGUUCUGUUUUUCGGGAAUCUUUCGUUCGUUCAUUCAAUUGCUACUCGCAUAA